AUGCCAUUGGCAUGCAGACCCAUAAAAUUCAAUGCACGGAAAUUCUUCUGUCGCUGGAGGAGCAAGCAUCAGGAACCUAUCUCCCAGCCGGAUCCAUUCGAUUAUUUGCACGAUCUUCCGUUUGUUACAAAUGUAUUCAUUGGGAGCAGAACUAGUCGUAGCGGGCAUUCAACUGUUAGCACUCACCAACAGCAAACAACAGCACCCACGUCAGCCCCGGAAGCUGUGCCACAAAUCGCUGUAACGUUAGAUCCAGAUGCAAUUGAAGAGAUCUCUCCUGAAACGCCCUUUCAACCAGUGCAAUCGCUACUCGAUGUUCCUGGCUCUGGCUCUCCACGAGGGUUGAGAGUAUCUAUAGAGAGCACCAUAUCGAUUGGAAGUCGAUCGAGUAGUCAGAGAGCCAUGGUCGAAUAUGAAGCUCAACGAUCUGCCCUUUCGCCGCCGACGUACAACUCUCUUACAUUUCCCGGAAGGUCUCUGGUAGAAUAUUUGGCGCAUGCGUCUUACUUUCCGCAACAGCCUGACGAGUUGGAGAUUGUUGAAGGUGAUUUCAUACUCAUUGAAGCUAUUUACCCUGAUGGUUGGGGCCGAGGCCAUAAUGUUACUACGGGCCUGUUUGGGAUGGUUGCCACGACCAUCUUGACGCUUGUCUCGCACGAAAACACACCUCCUUUGGACUGUCUUGGUGAAAAGACGCUGCAACCGGCAGAGGGAAGAGUUUUCGAUGUCAUGCUGAGUUACAAUUGGGCGCAUAUGGAACAAGCCUCAGUCAUUGCAGACUACCUAAGAUCAAAAGGCUUCGACGUUUGGAUGGACACGAGACAGCUAACAGCCGACAUCUUCCAGUCAGUCGCUCAAUCUAUCUUAUCCAGUAAAGUAGUCCUGUUAUGUCUCACCGCCAAAUACCAGACAUCAAACAUAUCCAUGCAACAGCUGAGAUUCGCACUAGCCAAAGAAAAGAAGAUAAUAGUAGUACAACUCGAUAAUGGGCCUUUUAACGACUGUAUGGAAUUGACAAAGGACUUCCCACACUUGGAUUUAGCAAAUCAGCCCACGCGAGAGGCUAGAGAGACGAUUAUGCAGUGUUUAAAGGACAGUAUUUUGAAUGCUAUGAGUGACGCAUCUGUUGAUCCGUGGCCGUCUAGUUCACGAUCUCCACGAAGGCUCACACAAUCAACGCAAGGGCCACCAAGUCGGCAAAUAACGAGACGAUCACCAGAAGCUGAUUUAAAGUUUUGGCUGAAGCCGUUAGAUUUGAGACAAGUAGUGCAUUCUAUCUCUCAAAAGAGAUUGAGUACUACUAGGUCUUGGCUGAUACGAGAAAUCAUUGCCUGGAUAAAGGAACCUAACUCUCAAGUUUACUGGUUAUCUGGAGUAGCCGGAGCUGGUAAAUCAGUAAUAGCAGCCUCAUUAGUCGUAGAUUGCAAGAAGGACAUUGCUGCAAACUUUUUUUGUAAAUUUGAUGAAGCAGGACGAAACGACCCAUUUACCAUGUUAAAUACCAUUGCCUUCCAACUUGCAUUAUAUUUCCCUGGCGCAAAGGACGAGUUGACGAGACUGUUUAAAGAAGAUCCCAAUUUUUUGAGUGCUCCCACUUCCGUAUCCUUCCAUUUCGAAUCAUUAAUAGUACGGCCAAUGACUUUAUAUACAGGUCCGCCGUGUGUUAUAGUAAUUGAUGCACUGGAAGAGUGUGGAUUAGAAGGGUCUCGACUACGUAGAGAGGUGUUGCAUACUUUAGCUAGUAACUGGUCUCGUUUACCACCACAAGUAAAGCUGUUUAUGACCAGUCGACCCAUGAGAGAUAUACGGCAUCAGUUCUCUCAACCGCCUCGACAGCUUGAUCUUGGCAGUGACGACAAUUUGGAGGAUAUUAAACUGUAUGCUCUGGAUCGGGUGUCGAAGCUGAAUCGCUGGUUGACUAGUCCUGAUAUGGUAGAAUCGCUUGCUGAGAAGUUGGCUCAGCUGUCUCAAGGAUUGUUUGUAUGGCUAUACUUAGCUUGUGAAGAGCUCGUACGUAGUACCGACCCAGGAGAACUGGUAAACCAAUUCUCAAUCCACGUACUCGGAGAAUCUGAAGAACGAAUGAUGAGCUCUAUAUACGCCCGAGCUUUAAUCAUAUCACACGCAGGAGCUUCAGACGACAGCAUGAAACUAUACCACACAGUCGUCGGUGCCAUAGUAACCUUACGACAACCCCUCUCAGUCGAAGGCCUGACUGCUCUACUCGGCGUAUCACUAAGCCGGACCAAAACGACUCUAGCACGUAUCGAACCACUCAUCAAUGUCGGAGACACCAAAGUCGAGAUGAUUCAUAAAUCACUAGCGGAUUUCAUCACGUCAUCUAAUCGGUGUGUUGGUGAUGCAGCGCCGUAUUGUAUUGAUACGGAACGCAUUGAGAAUAUGUUGGCUGAACGGUGCUUGGACUUACUAUGUAAGAAUCUGGCAUUAGAUCAAUCGAAACUGCCUACACAAGUAGAUCGGCUGAAUGGGAUAAUUGAUGAAAGUGUUGCGCCGUAUCUGCGAUACGUGUGUCAAUAUGCUAUAGAGCAUCUGAAUGCAGUCCAGGCUCCGGAUAGACAUUUAAUAGUAGGCAUAUCACGUCUUGUAUCCAUGUGGGCUAGCGCUCCUCUACUUGUUGCUGUAUCUAAAGGCUGUGGUAAUGCCGUCAAACAUCUCUUGGUAUAUGGUGGUGGACAUUCGCUACUUGAAAAAGCUGAUAAUUCAAGAUACUUUACAUCUCCACUACUAUGUGAAGCCACCACACGCAACUCUGCAACUGCAGUAGAGAAUUUAAUUAGAUACGGCGGUGCUUCUGUUGAAGUCAGAGAUCCGUCACAGUUUGGUUUUACACCACUACUGAUUGCUGCUGGACUCAAGACUGGAGAUGUUUUCGAGGUUUUGGCAUCUCAUGGAGCUGAUCUUAAUGCAAAGUCGACGACAGGGCAACCGAUAGAUGUUUUUGCAAAGUCUAGUACGAUUAUGAGGCUGCUGGUUGCUAAGAGGAGGCAGAGAUAUGCGGAUGGAGACUUGGCUGAAAUGGACGAGCUGGAUAAGGCUGUCAUGAAUGGCGAAGUAGAUAGACUCAGAGAGGUCGAUGACAACACCUUACUGAACCAUCGUCAUCGCAAACAUUGCCAGUCUCUCCUCCACAUCGCCUGUGAAUACAAUCAGAUGAACAUAGUAGUCUACCUUGUCGAAAAGGCCGCUCUUGUAAACUCACAGGAUAAAAAUGGGUGUACGCCAUUGCACUACGCCGUCGACCACCUCGACAUUGUGAAAUACCUCGUAAAGCACCACGCAAACCCAUUCGCCACAUCACGAUCAACACUAGCCGGCAUCCAUCAUCAAUCUCGAUGGAGCACGCCGCUGCAUGUGGCAUCUGAGAGAGAUUGUAGGGUUGAUGUAGUAGAGUACUUGUCCAGCUUAGGACCAUAUCCGACACCCACAACGUUUUUCUCAGCAACACCGCUAUCGCAUGCAGCUGCAUUCGAUUGCCAGGAGAUGGCGAAGUACUUGAUUGCGCAUGGCGCAGAUGUGAAUGCAUCGUGGGAGGGUGUGACGACUCCAUUAGGACAUGCGUGUAUGUAUGGGCAUUAUGAUAUGGCUAAAAUGCUGUUGGAUGCAGGUGCAAAUCCACAUAUUGGGACAAUUCAUCCGCCGUUAAAGGAACCGUUACCCGCCGAAUACGAUUCACCGGGGUACUCGGCACUAGGCCAAGCGUGUUAUCACAACAAUGUCGAGUUGUGUAAACUUCUACUUGCAAGAGGUGCUGAUGUAAAUUCUCGGAAUGUCAUGGUGCUCGAAAACGAUCAGGAUGUACAUAGUUGGACGAACCUCGGAUUAGCUGCAUACGGAGGCAAUAUAAGUGUUAUGAAAGUCUUGCUAGACGCAGGCGCCAGACUCGAAGACAUGAAUGUAGAAUCCUCAAACCGGCAAACCGCACUCCAUUUCGCUUGUAGUGCUGUAUCCAUCAACGCCGUCAAAGUGUUGCUAGAUGCUGGUGCGUCCGUCGAUGCACGCUCAGGAAAGGGAGAUACGGCGCUACACAAGGCUGUGAUAUACCGUUGUGUCGAUAUCGCUAGACUGCUUAUCCUACGCGGCAGUGAUAUGCAUGCUGCCCUGCCAACUACAAAGGACGAUUGUCUCCAUAUAGCUUCUAAAUUAGGUGAUACGGCUAUGGUUAAAGUGCUGGUUGAUUUAGGAUGCUGUGUUGAUGGAGUCAACUGCGAUGGGGAUACUGCAUUGCAUGUGGCUGUACGUGAAAGUCAUUUGCAGGUAGUGAGGGUGCUGAUUGGACGUGGAGCUAAGUUUGAUGUUGAGAAUGGGAUGCAUCUCACUGCAAAGGAUAUUGCGAUAGAGAAGGGGAAUAAGGAUGUUAUUAGACUGUUACAGUGA